AUGGUGCUAGAGACUCCGCGACGCGGGUCGCAGCAGUCAGAGAAGAAACACCAGGAGAAGAACAAAUUCAAGCGAUUCAACGACCCAAGUGCCACUCCUGGUUCAGACGCUAGGCGCAAGUACUAUGGCAAAGGAAAAGGCAAGCGAUUCAACGACCCAAGUGCCACUCCUGGUUCAGACGCUAGGCGCAAGUACUAUGGCAAAGGAAAAGGGGAAGAAGGUGCCUCUGCGGGGGGUGACAACAAAGAGGGCGAGGAGCAGCAAUACAGGGACAGGGCAAAGGAGAGGCGGGAGGAGGUGAAUCCGGACUACAAAGACGCUGCUGUGCCAAGCCACUUGGGGCAGCUCAAUGCUGUCGCUCCGCCUGGCGUCGACUUAACUACCACAGACGCCCACAAACUAGCAAUCGAGAAGUCCAAGUUUCUGGGAGGAGACGUGGAGCACACGCAUCUGGUGAAGGGGCUGGACUAUGCGCUGCUCAACAAAGUGCGGUCGGAAAUGAAAGGCCGUCCGGGGGAGAGGGGAGGGGAGGCGGGGGGCGGAGGGGAGGAGGGAGGAGAGGAGGACGAGGAGGAGGGUGCUGCUGCUGCUGCUGCUGCGGCUGCUGGAAAGGCUAAGAGCAGGAAAGCACAGGAGAAAGUGCCCACAUUCCGCUCGGCCCUUGCUCGAUCGGUGUUCGAGCAGAUAGUCCGCCCGGUGCCGCCCAAGCCGAACGAGUUCUUCCUGCCGGGCCGCACGUCGUUUGUCUUUGACAUGGAUGACGAGUUCCGGAAUGAAAUUCCCACCACCGUGCACCGCAGCAAGGCCGAUUGCCCUGCUCCACAGGACUUGGUAUCCGCCGCACAGGACGCCCCAGUGUUGGAUAGAGUCACCCACGUCAUCUCCUAUCUGCGGUUGGGAUCAAGCGCAAAGGCUCACAAGAAGAAGAAAAAGGACAAGGACAGCAACAGGGUCCUGGUUCCCGGUAUUCUUCCUCCCAAGCCCUCUCAGCCCGCAGCCGACCUCCCAUCCUCCCAACCUGCUGCACACACCCGAACCGAAGCUGCUGCUGAAAAUGGUGGCGCUGCUGCUGGUAAUGCUGGUGGGAAUGGCGGCAUAGCAAAUGGGACUGGCAGCAGCGGCGGCAGGAGGAACAGGAAGGAAGCAGCAGCAGCAAAAGCCGCCACCACAGUGGCAGCCCCUAAAAAGAAAAAGGAAGAGGAGGAGGAUGACGAUAUUUUUGCAGAUGUGGGGAAAGACUACACAGUGACUGCUAAGCCUAGUGCCCCUGCUGCUGACAACACAGCCUCGGCAGCCACAUCAGCCUCAGCAGCAGCUGGAGCGGCAGCAGGAGUUUCUGGUGGUGCUGCUGCCGCAAGUGCUCCUCGCCCUGCUUACUUUGACCGGGUUCCUCUGCUCCCUCCUCCACUGCUCCCUCGUGCUGCUCUGCCCCCGCCUCCUCCACUGCUCCCACCUGCUGCUGCUGAUGAUGCGGAUAUGGAUAUGGAUGACGAUGAUGGUGCCAUGCCUCCUCCUCCCCCGCCUCUCCCACAUGACAUGCCCAUACCCCAACUCAGCCCGGCCUACCCGCCAGCAGACGGCUCAUCGGAAGACUAUCCAUCCACCCCCUCCUCCUCUUCCUCCCCUUCCCUGUGCUCCCCACUCUCACACUCAUUUGCCUCCAUCCCUCCUUUCCUCUCUCUUCUGUCCCGUUUUGCAGCCCCCCCGUUUCCUCCUCCUGCUCUCGCACCAACCGAACCCGGUGGUACCGGCACUUACUUAACAGAACAGGAAAAAGGCAGGGGAUUAGCGUCGGUGUUUAAGAGAUUCGCUCCGGAGGAAGAGGAGGCGAGGAGGCGGGAGGGGAGGGGGAGGGCGGGGGAUGGCAAGGAGAAAGGGAAGGAUCCGAAUGCGUUGGGGGUUGGGGGGUAUGAUGAGUGUUAUCAGCGGGGGGAUGGGGGUAGCUUUGCAGGGGAGGUUGUGGAGAGUGACGAAGAGGAGGGAGAUGAGCUCGCUCGGAAGGUGGAAGAAGCGAGGCAGGUGGUGGAGAGUGAUGAGGAGGAGGGAGAUGAGCUCGCUCGGAAAGUGGAAGAGGCGAGGCAGGCGCCUCAAGAGAAGUUGAAGGAUCCGAAUGCUCUGGGGGGAGGGGAGUAUGAGGAGUGCUAUCAGCGGGGGGAUGGGGGGAACUUUGCAGGAGAGGUUGUGGAGAGUGACGAGGAGCAGGGGGGUGAGCUGGCUCGGAAAGUGGAAGAAGCGAGGCAGGUGAGUCCCUCAAAGGGAUCCGACUGCGGUGUGGGGAGAGGGGGGUAUGACGAGUGCUAUCAGCGGGGGGAUGGGGGGAAUUUUGCAGGGGAGGUUGUGGAGAUUGAUGAGGAGGAGGGAGACGAGUUGGCUCGAUGUGAUGAGCUGGCUCGGAAAGUGGAAGAAGCAAGGCUGCUGGCUCAGCUGGCUCAGGUGCAGGACAUGUUUCAUGGGGACGAUGAUGAUGAUGUGCAGGACAUGUUUCAUGGGGACGAUGAUGAUGAUGUGCAGGACAUGUUUCAUGGGGACGAUGAUGAUGAUGUGCAGGACAUGUUUCAUGGGGACGAUGAUGAUGAUGUGCAGGACAUGUUUCAUGGGGACGAUGAUGAUGAUGUGCAGGACAUGUUUCAUGGGGACGAUGAUGAUGAUGUUGGUGCAUCAAAGGACAAGGAACGGGACAGAGAGGCCGCAGACAAGGGCACAGGCGGUGGCAGGAGGUCGAAGCAGGGGCAGGAGGGCGAGGGGAGGAAGGGGAGGAAGAAGGAGAAGGAUCGGCAGCAGAAGCUGAACAAUGAGCUGAACCAGAUCAACAAGAUUAUCGAGAGGAAGAAAAGGGAGGCUGCGGGAGAGGUGGUGGAAGAGGAGGAGGAGUAUGGGGAUGAGGAUGGAGGGCCUUAUAAGAAGUCCCGAUACUAG